AUGCUACUUCUGACGCACCACACGGAUCACAAUGAACUACGACGAAUAGAGCACUCAUUUGCUAACCACCAUAAAUUCCUUUAUAUCCAACAAGCAAUCAAAUUCAAGCUCGAAAAUCUCUAUCCGAGUGUCUUCGAAUUAUUUUCGUGCAGCGUCGCUAACGGCAUUUACUGGUUCAGCUGGAAAACGCAUCAGCAUGUGAAAACAAACGAUGUAUUUCUAGCCUACAAAGGAGAGUUCGAUGUUAAAAAAUUCAUGGAUGCCUUCGUUGAGUUUGCCAAAACUAAUAAGAUUUUCCAGCACCAAAUUCUAUUCGGCGGAGAAAAGAUGUUAGUGGAUGAGGACGAAACUGAGCAUUCUACCAUCAAGCUGUAUUCGUUACGAGAAAAAGCCGGUUGCAUUCGAGAUGCUUUCGCAAACUGGAGAGCUCAAAACGAUGUAUACCUAGCCCACAAUGGAGAGCUCAACGUUGAUUAUUUUAUGAACGCCUUCGUUGAGUUUGCCAAAAUCAAUAAGAUUUUUCAGCACCAAAAUCUGUUCAUCGGUGAUAAGAUGCUAGUGGACGAGGUGUUAAAAUAUGUGCAAGACAAUGAACAGAAGUUUGUCGGCACCCCGCAUCCAACCAAGGUGUUCUACAUGACGGACUCUCAAGUUGAAGCUACCGCAAAACUUGAAUUAAGCAACCAGCUACCUGCUGGUUACGAGCUAGGUUCUGCUGAUCCGCUCGAUUCGGAGUUUAUCACCUCAAAGUGGCGGCAUGCGAAAGAAGGUGACGUGGAAGAAACAAGGACGAAACUCAGCCUUCUGCCCUCAAGCUGCAUUCGUUACGAGAAAAAGCCAGUGGCAUUUGAGAUGCUCUCGCAAUCUGGGCAGCUCAAUCAUCUAUUCGUAGUUGAAGAACAUCGAGGACAAGGUCUAGGACAAAUCGUCGAGUUGGAUCUUUGUCAAAAAACUGCAAGAAACGAUGUAUACCUAGCAUACGAAGGAGAGUUCAAUGUUAAAAAAUUCAUGGAUGCCUUCGUUGAGUUUGCCAAAAUUAACGAAAUUUUCCAACACCAAAUUAUGUUCGUCGGAGAAAAGAUGCUAGUGGAUGAGGUGGUAGAAUAUGUACAAGAAAACGAAAAGAACUUUGACGGUAGCGUGUAUCCGAGCAGGCUGUUCUACAUGACCGAUUCCCAAAUGGAAGCUGUUGAGAAACUCGACUUGAAGAGCAAACUACUAGCUGGGUACGAGUUAGGUUCUGCUGAUCCGCUCACAGACUCGGUGUUUAUCACCUCAAAAUGGCGACAUGCAAAAGAAGGAGACGUUGAAGAAACAAAGACAAAACUGAGCAUUCUGCCAACGAGCUGUAUUCGUUACGAGAAAAAUCCAGUGGCAUUUGAGAUGCUCUCGCAAUCUGGACAGCUCACUCAUUCAUUCGUGGUUGAAAAACAUCGAGGACAAGGUCUAGGGCAAAUUGUCGAAUUGGAUCUUUGUCAAAAAACUGCAAGAUUUGGUUUGCGAGUAUUCAAGUGCAUCGAAGUAUUCAAUAAAUCACUCAUCGGCUCUACUACGAGAUCUCCACUAUGGACAAAGGCGAAAUAUGAUGAUGACAGCGAUUUUAUUCUAGUGUAUUACCGGACUCAUUGGAGAUAA